AUUACGACGUCGAGAAACGCGCUACGUAAUCAUGAAGAUGUUCGUAUCGCGACACCACAUCAUCCUCCUAAGUCUGCUGUUGACGGUCACUCUGAUCUCGGGAAAGAUCCUCAACCGAGGAUGGUGGAACCACACGGUUUUCUAUCAGAUUUAUCCUCGCAGUUUUAUGGACUCUGACGACGACGGUGUUGGUGAUCUCAAAGGUAUAACGAGCAAACUCGAACAUUUUGUGACAUCUGGAGUAGGGGCGAUAUGGCUGUCACCCAUCAAUCAAAGUCCUAUGAUUGAUUUUGGAUAUGACAUUUCGGAUUUUAAAGAUAUCGACAAAAUAUUCGGCAAAAUGACAGAUUUUGAAAAUCUUUUAGCACGUGCUAAAGAACUUGGAUUAAAGGUUAUGCUCGAUCUCGUGCCUAAUCACACUUCCGACGAACAUUAUUGGUUUCGAGAGAGCAUAAAUCGUACCGGCAAAUAUGAACAUUACUAUAUAUGGGCAGAUGGAAAAAAUAAUAACACUACGCCACCGAAUAAUUGGUUAAGUGUAUUCGGUGGCCCAGCUUGGACAUACAACUCAAUCCGUAGCCAAUGGUACCUUCAUCAAUUCCACAGUAAACAACCAGAUUUGAAUUAUACUAAUCCCGAUGUACAAGAGGAAAUGAAGGAAGUUAUUCUAUUUUGGUUGAGGAAAGGCGUGGAUGGAUUUCGCGUGGACGCAGUGCCACAUCUCUUUGAAACAAAUUACACUUUGGAUGAACCUAAAAUACAAGAUGCGAUAGAAGAUGAUUAUAGCUCUCUAAAUCACAUAUUGACAACGGAUCAGCCAGAAACAUACAACUUGGUACUAAGCUGGAGGAAGAUUUUGGACGAAUAUGCUUAUCAAUAUAAUACAAGCGAAAAGGUGAUGAUGACUGAAGCAUACACUACAUUAAAAAACACUAUUAAAUAUUACAAUUACGGUUCGCAUAUCCCUUUCAACUUUUAUUUUAUUACGAAUGCGAGCAAGACCUCGGAUGCUGCUGCGUUUAAAAACAUAAUAGAGAGCUGGAUGAAGGCAAUUCCCGAGGGUGGCGUCGCUAACUGGGUGAUGGGAAAUCAUGAUAAUAAUCGUACUGCUUCGCGUUAUCCCGGGAGAGCCGAUCAGAUGACAAUGUUAGCCAUGAUACUGCCAGGCGUAACGGUGACGUACUAUGGCGAGGAAAUAGGGAUGCUUGAUAAAACGGACAUAAGUUGGGAAGAUACGCAAGAUCCUCAAGCUUGUAUCGCGGGUAAAGACAAGUAUCAAAGUCGAUCUCGUGAUCCCGCUCGCACACCAUUUCAAUGGAAUUUUCAUCAUAACGCAGGUUUCAGUAACGCCAUCAAGACAUGGUUACCGAUUCACGAAAAUUAUACUACCAUAAAUUUGUUAGUUCAACAGCAUCUGGAUGAAUCUCACUAUCUUGUUUAUCGCGCUCUGACAACGCUACGUAAUACAUCGGACGCGCUCAAAUUUGGAUCAUUGACUACUGACGUUAUAAAUAAUACUGUCCUAUAUGUUCUACGAAAAACGAGCAAAGAAGCCGUGACACUAUUGAUAAAUUUCUCAGACAAUGACAAGCAAAAGAUUGAUUUAACAAAUGUUUUAACGGGAUUCAAAGAUGGUGUGGUUAAAGCAGCGAGCGUGGGCUCCAACGUGAGACAAAAUCAAACUAUCGAGUUGAAACAUAUCACUAUCCCAGAAAAAGCUUCGAUAGUCUUUCAAGCUUAUUCCAAAGCUUCAGCACAAUACGUUGCUUUCUUCCAAACAAUUCUACUAUCACUAUCUCUUUUAAUAAUAACAUUGUACAAAUAAAAAAAAAUUAAUAAAAUAAUUAAAAUUAAUGAGAAA